CAACGCACGCAGCUCAACAGACGUCUUCUCUCAUCGGAGUGUCUUUCACCCGAAGGACGGGAAUAAUUCAUCGGUGGGUGUUUGCGCAUGACUUGGGAUAAUGUUUGGACAUACUGGAGUACAGGCGAGGACUUCCAGUGAUCGCGUGGAUUAGGUGACUUUGAUCAAUUUGUGCAGAACAACUAUGUUUGCCCGUAUAUGUAGGACUGAUUGCCGUUUCAGUGCUUCGGUGUGAUGUGGAUACUUGUCAAGGACAUCGUGCGUAAUAGAUGAGCCGUUCAGGAGAACAACGGCGAUGCAUCAGAGCUCGACAGCAGCCGGGGAAAACACUCUUGUAGCGCUGCUUAUGCGAUGAUCUUCGGCUGUCAACUCGUCCGAGAGUUCGUGCGCGCGCUCGGAGGGCUAUAGGAUCCGUCGGACCCGUCUGAAGAGCAAAGUUAAGCUGAGGCUGAGGUCGAAAAACAAGACAGAUUGGUGUAUCGUAGCCAAUGACUCAAUGACUGCAGUGGAUCUCCUGUAUCUGGAUCAGUAGCGUGGAGUCGUCACACCCUGAAGAGAGGAGAAAAUGGACAGGCUGAAGGACUUGAGAAUGCUGGGUCGGCCUCUCGGAAUGAGCGCACCCAUGGAGCGACUGCUGCUGUGUCUGGCUCUGUUCUCCAUGGCGUCCUAUGCCAUGCUGUGCCCCAAACGCUGCACCUGCCAGAACCUGCUUCCCUCGUACACCGUGCUGUGUGCCAAAACCGGCCUGCUCUUCGUGCCGCCUAAUAUCGACCGGCAGACCGCCGAGCUGCGACUGAUGGAUAACUUCAUCACCACCCUGCGCCACCAAGACUUCGCUAACAUGAGCAGCCUCAUACACCUCACGCUCUCCCGCAACACCAUCAGCCAGAUCCAACCGUACGCCUUCGCCGACCUGCAGGAUCUGCACGCACUGCAUCUGGACGCAAACCGGCUCACGGUGCUAGACGACACCCAUCUGCAGGGGCUUGUGAAUCUGCGCCACCUUAUCCUCUCCAACAACCAGCUUCACAGCAUCUCCGACGGAGCCUUCCAAGACUUCCUAGAAACUCUCGAGGACCUCGACCUUUCUUACAACAACCUGGUGGACGUGCCGUGGGACACUAUAGCCAUGCUAGCCAGCGUCAACACCCUCAGUUUGGACCACAAUCUCAUCGAGUUUGUUCCCGAAGGGAUAUUUUCGAAUCUUCAUAAACUCGCCCGACUUGAUAUGACGUCCAACAAGCUGAAGAAGAUCCCCCCAGAUCCUCUGUUCCUACGGAUCCCCGUCUACGCCAAAAUGAAAGGCUCGCCGCUGACCGCGUUGGUUCUCAGUUUCGGCGGGAACCCGUUGCAUUGCAAUUGCGAGCUGGUUUGGUUGCGCCGCCUGACACGUGAGGACGAUCUGGAGACGUGCGCGUCCCCGCGAGACUUGGCCGGCAAGUACUUCUGGACGAUUCGCGAGGAAGAAAUGAUUCCCGCCUCCCAUAAGUUGUUCUUACUGAGUGAUCUGGCUUCGUCACGGGACUAUGAGCUCUGUGUCCUGGCUGUCUAUGAUGACGGCAUCACGGCUCUGACCGCGACGCGGCUGGUGGGCUGCGUGUCCUUCUCCACGGAGCGCGAGUUUCGCCACUGCCGCUCCAUCCACGACCAGUUCCUCGGCGGCACCAUGAUCAUCAUCAUCGGCGGGAUCAUCGUGGCGUCGGUCCUCGUCUUCAUCUUCAUCCUGCUGAUGAAGUACAAGCUUCACAGCCAGCACUACAAGCUGAAGGCGGCUCGCGUCAGUAACGUUUGUUCUCAGACCAACGGUGGCCAGCAGGGGGCAGUGUCGUGUCCUCCACCGCGCUCGUCCUCGUCCUUGGGAUCCUCCAGCAAGCCUUCCGUCCCGCUCGGGUCGGACAGACAAGAAGGGUCCCACGGCCUGGAGGGGGGUUACGGAGCACUUAAAGGGACCACGGUGGUGGACUUGAACCCGGAAUACGGGAAAUCGGUCAAAGAGGACGACUCCAUUUCGCAAUAACACAGGGUUCGAUCCCGCCUCCCUUCCCAUUCUCUUCACAUCUCAACUCAUUCUGUUUCUUUUCUGUUGCCGGCGUCCUGCAGCCUCACGGAGGAUUUUCUCCUGUCCAAGGCAAGCUCACAAUCUGGAAGCCAAACGCAGAACGCCAGAUUAAAUGGGAUUGGAUCCAGUCUAUUAGUAGGACAAGCUGCGGUCGGAAGGCACUCCGUGUUCAAUUCUUUAUGCAAAACUCUCCCCAGACCGUGGACAUUAUGUGCCUCUUCAGUGCAUAAGAGCAGUGCUUUCUAUUUUAAACCAGAGGUCAUUUUCCCGAGAGAGGAGAACCAUCAAAUCAUUCAGUGGGAAAAGAGAGGGAAACGCUCUCCGGUUGUUUUUUGUGGGAAAUAUUAAAACAAAAUAUCAGUGUUAAGUGAAGCAGUGCCAAAGGAUUGAAACGUGUGGAUUUAAUGCUCUCCCGAAGGCUCGUGCGGAUACAGACUUAUCGAAGUUCAAUGACAUAUUGACGAGUCAGUCUCGAGUUAACAUUUAUGGACCUUCUGGAGCACUUUAUUAUGGAUUCCUCUGUAUUGUCUCGGCUAAUGACUCGCUCUCUCUCUCUUUAUUGAGAAACCGAACACGCGGAUCGAUACUCAGCUGAUUAACAAACAUGGCGAGUGUGUUCUCUGGAUCUGGAGAUUAGGUCAAACAGGAGAGAACAUUGAUUAUCACAAUGCACUAAAACUUUUCCAAUCUCCCGUAUCAACAAGGAUUGAGGGUAAGACGCUGUUGAGAGCUCUGUAUCUGACAGCAGACUGUGUGAAAGCAGCGUAGGCCGUGCUAAAUACUCUUCGACAGUCGGCCUGCUGAAAUAAACACUGUUCUUUUUUUUUCCCUCCAACUGACUGUGGACAUAUUUGUAUGUGAAG